GAGCACCACCACCCACCCAAGCCUCCACUCGUACCCACGCACUCCUCCCAGUCUUCACUUCCUCUGCUCCUGCACCCCCCUUCCCGAGCUCAGCAGCUAGCCAUGGCGCAGGGAAGCGGCAGCGCUACCGCCGUGCUCGUGCUGGUCCUCCUCUGCGUGCUCCUCCACGGCGACUUCGCCGAGUCCAAGGUGUACACCGUCGGCGACCGCGCCGGCUGGGCCCUCAGCUCCGGCGGCUGGCCCAGGGGCAAGCGCUUCCGCGCCGGCGACGUGCUGCUGUUCAGGUACGGGCGCGGGGCUCACAACGUGGUGGCGGUGAGCGCGGCGGCGUACAAGUCGUGCAGCGCGGCGAGGGGCGGCAGGACGUACAACUCCGGCAGCGACCGCGUCACGCUCUCCCGCGGCACCAACUACUUCAUCUGCAGCGUCCCCGGCCACUGCCAGGCCGGCAUGAAGAUGGCCGUCACCGCCGCGUGAUCCGUCUCUCCGACCACCGGCCAGCCGGCCGGCCGGUGCUUAUUAAUCAACUUUAGUUUACUUUCCGUCUUCGAUUUACUGAAGCUACGAACUGCAUGAUGCGUAGUACGUGUUCAAAUAAAAUGCCCGCGUCCCGGCUCUCGAGUUCGUGGGUGUUGGGCCGUCUGGCCGCUUGGUACUAGCUCGAGAGAAAUUAAUAGAGCGUGUUUUGUGUGCAGUGCACGUGAGCAAAGGAAUAACUCUGGUGUUCCGGUUGUGUGUGCUUUAAUGCUUGUAUAUCAGAUUUUUGAGUUGUUGUGUGAUUACU